AUGUCCCAAAAAGAAAAAGUCAUUAUUGACACAGUCUCAAAGGCUGAAGCUUCAAACAGUAAAAACAACAGCAAGCAAGAAUUUGAACUGGAUGAGCUUGUAGGAAAACUGUCUAUCGAAGGUGCCCCUCAAGUAUCACAAAAGCUAAGUAAAGAAGAGAAACAUGCUCACCAGCUUGAGGCAGACUCUCGCUCCAUAUUCGUUGGCAACAUUACUCUAGAUGUUACCCCGGAACAAAUAGAGGAGCAUUUCCAAGACUGUGGUUUGAUAAAAAGGAUAACGCUACUUUAUGAUAGAAAUACGGGUGCACCAAAGGGUUACGGUUAUAUUGAAUUCGAGAGCCCAGCAUUUCGAGAAAAGGCCCUCCAAUUAAAUGGAGUAGAACUUAAUGGUAAAAAAAUUGCAGUCUCCAGAAAAAGAACUAACAUUCCAGGAUUUAAUAGGCAUCAAAACUCACAAAAUCAGUACUUUCAACAAUGGCAAUGGAAUUACCCUUUAAUGGCUUACCCCAAUCCCGAUACUUUGCCUUACUAUCCACCGUAUCCUCCAAACCAAUCCCCGAACCAAAGCUUUGGAUAUAAUAAAAUUGGCUAUUAUAGAGGCUCCUACAAUAAUAAGCACAGAAAUCAUCAAAAAAAAAAUCACAACGGUACAAAAGACACUUCCAAUAAUAUCAGACCUUCCACCCAAAAAUCUGUUGUCACGCCUUCUGAUAACGAUAAAAGUGCUACACAAAAAGAAUAUUCUGAAUAA